UUAUUUUUUUCGAAUGCGAGCAAAUAUAACAAACUGCUUUAAAAAAAAAACAUGCUAAUAAGUUGACUGACCGAUACUAUUCUUUCAAUUCUUUGUAUUUAAAGAUUCAACUUCAAACAGUAUUCAUCUGUCCACGUCGCAAACUAUUAUUUUUUCAACUGCAGCCUAUUCCUUAAUCGACAUUGAUGAUGCAGUGGUACCUGCUUUCCUUUUGCCUCGUAUUUGUCCUGCCACCAGCGUACUCUACUUCUCUCAGCGGUACAGUGGAAUUAAACGAUUAUACAUUUGAUAAGAUCCUCAAAAAGUUUGAUGCUACUCUAGUGAAGUUUGAUGUGGCGUUCCCCUAUGGCGACAAACACGAUGCUUAUAUCGCACUGGCAAAGGACGCGAAGGAAGAAGACGAUUUGCUGAUUGCCGAAGUGGGAGUUAAGGAUUACGGAGACAAGGAUAACGAAGCGUUGGCGAAGAAGUACGGUGCUACGAAGGACAAUUUCCCAGUAGUGAAGCUGUUUUCAAAGGGAAAGAAAGAGCCAAUCACUUUCAACCCGGAGAAAGAGUUUACGAGCGAUGAGCUUCGUCGUUUCGUGCGGGAACACACCGGGGUGCACCUGAGUCUGCCAGGCUGCGUGCGGAGCCUUGAUAAGCUGGCCGUCAAGUUCAUGAAGGCUGACAAGGAAGACAAGAAGAAAAUUCUCAAAGAUGGGGAAGAUACCUUCAAAAAAUUGCCUAGCAAGCAAGCUAACUCUGGAAAAAUCUACAAGACAAUCAUGGAGAAGGUCAUUGAGAAAGGUGACGGGUUUGUCAAGACUGAACACGAAAGAAUCACCAAGCUGCUCAAUGGCAAACUCUCGGAAGAGAAAAAGAAGGAGAUGGGACAGAGAAUUAACAUUCUUCAGACUUUCCAGUUGCAUGAGACCAAAGCAGAUAAAGAAGAGCUGUGAUUUUAAUAGUUCUUAACUUACACUUAAAUUACUACUAUUAUAAAUUAUUCCCUCCCUAAAGAGAACAAUCUAGUAUUUAUACAGGGUGUCAUUUUAAAUUAUUUUUUGUGUGUCUUUUGCACUACUGAGACAUUCCAAAUUAUGAGUAAUAGAUAUAUUGCACAAUAUUUAUAUAAUUUGCUCUAUCAACUAGGCAACUUGAAAGCCAUAAAUAGGUAACACAGCUGAUCUUACAAGCUAGUAUCAGUUUAAAACUACCCUCAUCUUCUAAAGUAAGACAUGCAGUGUCACAAGACUUCUGAUAUGCCUGGGGCCCAUUUCUCGAACAGUAGUAGUCUAAUAUUAUUAGUGUGUUGCCAUGGUAACUCAUAUGACUUGACAGUUCUUAGUUCGUGGACUAUUAGUCUAAUACUGUUCGAGAAAUGGACCUCUCUUGUGCUAUUAUGGGUAAACUUUUUAAAAUGGGCCAGUGGCAAUGGCAACUAGCAUGAUAGGAAUAAGGUAAGAUAGCAACAAACUUGCAAUUAUUUUAUUUACAUUUUGACUGAUUGGGCCCUAUCUUAAACCCAUCUAAUUAGUCUAAUUCAUUAUUUUGGGGCUGGGUCUCUCUUAUGUUUAUACAAUAAUCACACCAUUGUGUGUCAGAUUUAAUCAACUUCCGGAAUUUGAUGUCUUAAAUAUUUAUUUAUAACUCUUGUUGUAUCAAUAGGUACUACUGGAAUGGUUUUGUAUGGUAUAUAUAGAAAAUAAAUUAAACAUAUCAAAUCGCAUUCGUAAACUGCCGGAUUAUAGAGCUUGUCACCGCUAAUUUCCGAAAUACCGAGCGGCUACUGUAUUCAAGUAUAUUUAUGUUAUUGUUUUCUUACAAAAGGGCUAAAACAGCGUGACUCCUUUAUAAUAAUAAUAAAUAAAAUCAUUUAUUUCAGACCAAGUUGAUCCAUAUAUGGUUAGUUAUAUUUAUGACUCAUCAUUAGAGCUAAAUAUUCAGCUUCGUUUGUGACGUGUCACUUCACGGUUGAUGGUGAAUGCAAUGCAGCGCGACUUAAGCGCUGACCGCCAUAAGGUACCUUUACUCGUGAAACAUCACGUUUGAAUUCAUGUAUCACAUGUGUGACUACCUAUGAGCAUUAUUUUGUAACGUGGAAAUUAUUGCCUCGUUUUUACGGUUCGCCGCUCAUAAAACCUGGCCAUUGUUUAGUAUCCAGUCAGUCGAGUUUCGCAAUACUAGGCCGAAUUGAACUGUUAUUGCUCAGCAUUGUACUUGUUUGUGUACUUGCUUAUGCAUCAUUUUGAAUUUGCACCAUGUGUGAUGAAUGUAUGAAAUACAUUAGUGUGUAAUAUUU